GUGAUGGAGAGGCGAUGCCGAGCGGGUGGACCUCUUGCCGCGCUCCCCGCUCGUCGGCAUACACCCACUAAGAGGGAUGAACCAGCAAUCCGAAGCACUAUCCUAGCACUCUGUAGACGACACCGCUUGCUGCCAUGCAGGAGUUCCAGUCCAUCCCGGGCCUCGCGGGGCGGCUGUUCGGCGGGGCCGCGGCCGCUGACCUCCGGCGCGCGCAGGCGCAGCAGGGCCCAGGGGCGCGGUGCGGCGGGGCUUCUCCUGCGGCCACGGUGCCGGAGGCUGUCAAGUGCCCGCGGUGCGAGUCGACCAACACCAAGUUCUGCUACUACAACAACUACAACCUAUCGCAGCCGCGCCACUUCUGCAAGAGCUGCCGCCGGUACUGGACCAAGGGCGGAGUCCUCCGCAACGUGCCCGUGGGCGGCGGCUGCCGCAAGGCCAAGCGCUCCUCCUCCUCGUCCUCGUCGUCUGCCUCGUCGGCGGCGUCCACUCCCACGUCGACCGACGCCAAGAACCCGCGCCGCGCCUCGGCGUCGUCGCCACGCUCCAACAGCGGCAGCGCCAGUCCCACGGCCGCCACCGCCUCGACGACCCCUACCACUCCCGCCACGCCGUCGUCGAACACCCUCACCGCCACGUGCCACCACACGAGCCCCUUCGCAACAGACGUGGCGCUACCAGCGCCGAUAUUCGCCGACCAGGCCGCGGCGCUCGCGUCCCUCUUCGCGCCUCCCCCGCCCCCACCGCUCCCGGUGUUCAGCUUCACGGCACAUCCGAAGGAGGAAGGGGUGGCGCCUUCAGUGCUACAGCUCGCAGGACAGGCACCGGCGCCAGUGGCGCCCACCACCGCCGACAUGACGCCGUUCGCGUCCCUGGACGCUGGGAUCUUCGAGCUCGGCGAUGCGCCGGCGGCGGCCUAUUGGAACGCCGGGAGCUGCUGGACGGACGUCCAAGACCCGAGCGUCUACCUACCCUAGCUGCUUGGUUUAGUCGUUUCCUAUCACGAUCGCUAGAUUAAGCUGUGGUUAAAUGCUCCUUAAUUAAUGACGACCACUAGCUACGUCUAUUACUCCAUUCCAUGUACGGUGCUACUGGCCAUCUCUGUAACAUUUUCUUCCUCGUCGUUCAGUUUGAGUUUGAGUUUGCACCGGCUGCGUGUAACAAAGUUAACAUCUGUGCGUCUACGAGCGAAUCGAACAUUGUCGCUACUCGCUACAGUGGACUCGCAAUAUUUUCCCUUUUUACUCUUAUGUAAUCUCAUGAAUGCAUUCAAGUUUCUGCAGUA